AUGUUGCCUAAUUCUCGUAUUGUACCGCCUCCUUCACACUCAAUGUCCACUCAUUCUUCUCAACCACACCAAGACGCGUAUCGAAAACGCUCAUUGUCAGCUGCUGCUCCUCCAAGUCACUAUCACCACCACAACCAACAACAACGAUCCGACAUGUCAUCUUCAAAGCAGCAUUCCAAAAGUUUUCUUUCCAGAUUUCGUGCAUACCCACAGUCGAAUGGCAGUAUCAAUUCAAAGCCUCCAACACCUUAUUCUUAUCAUGAACAACAACAUCGUCCUCACACUAUGUCUACAUCAUCCAGUAUGGACUCGAUCUCAGAUUCAAAGUACGCGUCCAGACAACGACAUGCAUCCAUGAUUAGUACGAGUAGAUCAACAACGGAUGCUGCAGCCACUCCUAAUGAUGCUGUAUAUAAGAAGCCGAAUCAAAAAGGAGCUAUCAAAGGCGGCCUGGGCAGGAUCUUUCGCAAAUUAAGCAGGGCGAAUGAUGAAGAUGAUGAUAUGCUGGAUGAUGCACCUCGAGUACGACCUAUCUCUGGAGAUUCAGGGCAUCGUAUUGCAAGUCGUACACCUCAUCGACACAACAUACCACUUGCACCCGCACCACCGACACCGCCACAAUCAACACCUUCUUCCCGUUCUCCUCCUCCACCACCCCCAACAAAAAGCACCAUCGUGCCUGAUACUACCAUUGCCGAUAUUCCAUCCGAUUACCUUGUUCGACCGCCUGUGCAUAGAAGUGUUAGCAGCAGUGCUGCAACAACAACAACAACGUAUCAUAGUAACAAGCAAAUACAGCAACCACAGCAACAUCCACAAUUACCACCCACACCACCACCAUCUUCUUCAUCGACACCUUCACCCACCUCUCAAUCUCGUGGAUAUUAUCAACCAAGGAAAACUCAACCCCCUGCUACUUAUUCUAUUUACAGCACAUUUGGUCCUGAUCCAACAAAUGAAAAUGCAUCCAACACAGUUGACGAUCUCACUCGUAUUGUCAAUACCAAUGUGCAACGUCGUACACAAACCAUUACAUCUCCAUCAUCUAUUCUUCUGGAGCACAAUGACGAUGACGAUGACACCGAUGAUGAUGAACACAGCAGCAAUCGGCAUUUAACUUUUGACGUGACCCCUAUUGCUACGAUUCAAGAAGAGAGUCGAUCCAUUUCCGAGAGUGACAAAGAGGAUGAUGAUGAUGAUGAUGACGAUGAUGAAGAAAGUGAAAGCGAAGAGGAGGAAGAAGUUGAGGAAGAAGACGAUGUUUUUGUCGAUGCCACAGGUUCUUCGCAAGAUGAUAUUGAACGAGAAAAACGACUUUCCAAACGACUUAGCGGUGGCCAUUUUGGUAGCGCUGGAGGAUUGAUGAUUGCAACGACUCAACAACAAAAGCAACAAAGGAGACGUAGUCGACCCCCACCCGAGGAUAUUGCACAAGCGAUGCUGAAUUGGAAACGUCAUAGUGGUGGUGCAGGCAAACGUUUCAGUGGUGCAGCAUGGGCUGCUGCAGCUGCUGAUCUUGCUGAAAAGAAGCCACCCACGCAAAAGCAACAACAGGAUGAACAACAGGAUAUGGAUAAGGAACAAGUACGACAAAAGGCUGCUGAAGCUUUGACUGGAAAGCGUUCUGAAGAAAUCAAAAAGGAAGACAAACCGCCUCAGCCAACUACAACAAAGAUUGCAGCAGACACAAGCAAGUUUUUGACAGACAACUCGUCAUUUUGGAAAGAUACCGACACCGACUUGUUCCAAGUACACGAUCCUCGCCUUGAUUCAUCAUCAACCUCCACAUCUGAUCAAAGUCAAGAUGCAAAAGAAGCUGCUCAACAUUUAUGGGAUGAGGACAAUGUUAUUACUUCUCGUGAACGGAUCGCUGAAUGGCUAGGUCAAGGCAAGCCUCAUAAUGCUGAAGUAUUGGUUCAUUACAUGGACAAGUUUGAGUUCUCCCAUAUGCGAUUGGAUAAUGCAUUUAGAAAGCUGUGCAGCAAACUCUAUUUCAAGGCCGAAGCACAACAAAUAGACCGCAUCUUGGAGGUGUUUGCUAAUCGUUAUUGGACAUGCAACCCUGAUACCAUAUUGAGAACUGCCGAUGUUGUUUAUGCAGUGGUAUACUCGGUAUUGCUACUCAACACUGAUUUGCAUGUUGCACAAGGCAAUUAUACCCGAAUGACACGUCAAGAAUUUAUUCGCAAUACGAUGGCUGCCGUGCAUGAUCAACGCUCCGUAUCAGAUGAGAUUGAAAGUGGAAGCUCCAAAUUCUCCAAAGAAUGGGAAGCAGAUGUGGAGGCUUAUUUACGAGAAUUGUAUACUUCAGUCAAACAAUACCAAAUCCUUCAACCAUUGUCUCGGCGUUCCACCAUUGCACAUGAUCCUUUUGACAAACGUGGCAGCAUCCUUAAUGGUCGUCGUGUGGUUGGCUUGAAACGCAGCGUGGGAUCUAUUAUUAGACGUUCUACCUUGGUAACCGAUGAAGUGCAGCCACGUGUAAGUUCUAGCUCCAAUGCUCGUCCCUCCUCACCAAGUUCGAGGCGUGAAUCUUUCUCAUCGAUUGGAUCAUCAACAUCUUUUGGUUCAAGAGCACGUGCUUCAAGUCUACAGCAUUCUUUCCAACCCAUGAUCAACUUUAUGGAGGCUCAUAGUUCAAUCCUUUUCGAGAAUCGGCCACCCUAUAUUAAGGAAGGCGUGGUGAUGCGUAAACAUUUAUUGGAGAACGCCAACCAAAAAGCCAAGCAUCGAGAAUGGAGAGAGUGCCUAUUACAAGUGACUGAAGGCGAGCUCAAGAUGUAUGCUUUACAAUCAGGCGCUGACGUGGAUCGCCGAAGUGUGUUGCGUGCUAGCAGUGCUAGUUUUGCCAAUUUAUCCGACAAGGGCUCUUUACAAUCAUCUGCUGCAUCUUUUGGAGGCGUACCAAGUAGCAAGUGGGCUGCAAGUUCUCAACCACUCGCAAGCCUUGUCUUGAAUCACACCUUAUCGAACAUCCUUCCUCCACCAGGCUAUAAUCGACAACGACCUCACGUAUUUGCCAUCCAGCAACCUGAUGGUGGAGUCUACUUAUUCCAGACAGCAUCACAGGAGCAGUGCAAUGAAUGGGUAGCUACAUGCAACUAUUGGGCUGCAAGAGAAAGCAAAGAACCCUUACCAGGUGGUGUCAGCAAUAUGGAAUAUGGUUGGGGUGGAUGUUUGCAUGAUGUUGUCAUACACAAGGAAACGGAUGAAGUACACGUCCAAGGUAAUGAUGAUCCUGACGCAGUCAACAUUUUCGAUUGGAAGCCACCAACCCCACCAUUGGUAUCAAGCACGCUCGAGGAAGAACAACAACUUGAAGUUUUGAAGAAGCAUUUGAACGCAUUGGAACAAGAGAUUGAUGAUCAUAGAGAACUCAAACGCAAGAUCCUUGCAAAGUUCCCAAGCAAGAGUCAAAAUCAUUACAAAGCCAUCACCAACUGGGAGGCCAAAUCUAAAUACCUGCUACAUGACAUUAUCAAAUACCAAAACUACUGCGAUGCAUUAGAGAAGAGCAUUCAGGAACAACAAAAGGCGGCGGAAAAAUCACCUGUCUCCCCAGCCGAAGCAACCGAUAUCCAUCUCGAUUAUACAGAAACCAGCGUUGAUCUUGUCAAAGAGAUCGGAGAGGAGCUGCGAGCAGCUCGUAUUUUAAUUACUUGA